AUGGCGUUAUGUGUUGCUCAUUUUUCUCUCUCAGGUGGUCUGUCUCAAUCUCAACAUGUGAAAGCAAAUGGAUUGUCCACCACAAAGCUCAGUUCCAUUUAUAAGACUUCUGUAUUGACUGUUCAGAAGAAAUCGAACCGGAGUCACAAGUUUUCAGUUUCUGCACGAGAGGGGAGUAGGAGAGGAAGUGGUGGUGCUGCUGAUUUCAUAGCUGGCUUUCUUCUAGGAGGUGCUGUGUUUGGCGCUGCUGCGUAUAUCUUUGCUCCACAGAUCAGAAGAUCGAUAAUGAGUGAAGAAGAUGAGUAUGGUUUCAAGAAGCCACAACAACCAACAUACUACGAUGAAGGUUUGGAGAAAACAAGAGAGACCUUGAACAAGAAAAUCGAACAACUUAAUUCAGCAAUUGACAAUGUCUCCUCACGGUUAAGAGGUCGAGAAAAGAACACUUCUUCUACCGAUGUACCAGUGGAAACUGACCCGGAAGUUGAAGCUACUACUUGA